UCUUCUUUCUGUGUCGGCAAGAAGCAAGCAACGCCUUGAAAUUUGUGUUUAACAGUACCCAGUUAUUUCAGCAUUCGUUGUUUUAUGUAAUUUAUAACGUGGGUUAAUCAUGUCAGAUUCGGAUGGAAAAAGCACACCUGUGAAAAUAAAAGAAGAAUUGGACGACGAUGAACCCAAAUUAAUGAGUUUAGAGAAGCUGGAUCAAGAAUCCUCUGAGAUGUGGCCAGAGAAAGGUUCAGCAAUGCACGGAUUUCAUACGCCUAGUUUGAAUUUUUCUCCCCCGGCAUGGACGAAAGGUUUAACGCAAGACGAUAUUAACUCCAUGUAUCAGCUGGGAGCAUUAUCGACUAACGGUAUCAUCGCUGAGGUGAAGAAAAUGUAUGACCAAGCGUAUCAGCUGGGAGUUCAAGAGGCAAAGGAAAUGACACGGGGUAAAUAUCUGAAUAUCUUUACCAGCAACCGAAAGAAAUCGUGAUAAGAAGAAUAAUGCAUUAUAAGUUUUAAUUCGUUUUGGUUUUCAGAAGUAUGUUUUUUUUU